AUGAUCCAACGCAUGGCGAGGAAAGCUCAAGUAUCAUUGUUGCUUGAACAAGGUAAUCGGAUAUUGAGGCAAGGCAGGGAGCUCAUGAAUACUUCUAGCAGCAGCGCGCAGCACAUCCUGCACGUCGAACAGAAGUCCAGCGGCAACGCGCAGCACAUCGAGCACGUCGACCACAACUCCAACGGCAGCGCGCAGCACAUCGAGCACGACGACCACAAGCCCAGCAGCAGCGCAGUGCAGCAGACAAAAAAGAAAAAGAGCGGCGGCAAGCGCAAGGCAGAGCGCAUCAAGAAGCUGAAAGAGUCGACCGACCCAGAAGACGUCGAGCAGGUCGCUUAUGAUCGUUGGCUUCGCGCUGGUGGGAGGGACAAGCGCAUGCUGCGCCGCAGGCUCAAGAUGGACG